AUGAGAUCUCUGAUCGUAAUCUGUGCCUGCAUCGCCGUCUCGGCCGCCCAGUUUGGCCACUCCGGGCCCUACUCUUUCGGCUACCAGACCUCUGACGGACAGUCCCGACAGGAAUCUGGCCAUGGUGGCGCCGUCACCGGCUCAUACAGCUACGUCGAUGCCAACGGUGACUUGAGACAGGUGCGAUACGUGGCCGACGCCAACGGCUUCAGACCCGAGGGUGACAUCAGUGUCGACAAGCGUACCGCUGCCGCCGCCGCCCACUUGGCCGCCAUCGCCCCGAAAGCCCCGCUCCCGGUCGCACCCGUUGCCCCGAUCGCCCCGGCGUACAACCACUACUCGCACGGCAACUACUAUAACAACUGGGCCCCCGCAGCCCAUAUCGCCGCCCCCUUGGCCGCCCCGAUCGCCCCCUGGGCUGUGCCCGCCACCCACGGUGGUCGCGCCGCUUACAAAGUGGAGACCCCCACCCACUCGAUCUGGUCCCAGAUCUAA